CAAGUCCGAGGCGAAGCGCGUGCGUGCCUCAGUUACUGUACAGUGUAUAGGCUGCACAUAUUGUUGCCAUUUUUCCAGGAAAACAAAUACCCGCUUCUCUGAGAAGCGUUUAACGAGCGCAGACCACGCGGGCAGAUGGAGGACAGUGAGACACUUUCCGCCGGUUAAUGCGCCGCUGCUGCGGGGGUUAUUAACGGUCAGCCACGCCCACCCGCGUGCCAAUCAAAGCUUCCCUCUGAGCGUCAGGUUGCGGGACUGAGUGCGCGCGUGGACGGUGCGUGAUUCCCCUUCAAACCGUGAUGAAGUUGAAGAGAAAGCGGAGACGAUCAAUGGAUUAACAGGAUUAACAGGAGCUCGAUUAAAUGGGCAAAACAAAUAAAUUAAGGAGAAAACUACACAAAAAAGAAGAAGACCACAAAAAAAAGAAAGUUCUCGACAUUUAUCUGCUGAAAAAAUUGGACUUGCCUUGAUAUGCAUUGGAUAUUUCACUUCAUAAUUCAUGCACUACGAUAUCACCUGGAUAUUUUUUUGCUUCUUUGGACAUGUGCAAUUUGUAAAUCCUAAUAUUUUUUUGUGAGUAACUUGCAUCCUCGACAGGAUAAUGCAGCAGUGUUUACCUCAUGCAACAUCUCCACACGCAUACAUAGGUUAAAAAUCUCUUCUUUUCCAUGAGCAUGGGAAAGUGACAGCUCUCUAAAUAAAUAUGACAACUCAGAAGCAUGGAGAUGGAGACUGCUUCACACUAAAGGCACAAAAAAACCCACCAACAAAACCUCAGUCAAGUCAAACAGGAUGUUGUUUGGGAAGCUGAACUGAUUAAUAAGCCUGCCAUCUGAUCAACUGGAAGGGAAAAUGUGGAUCUGCCUAAUGUUAAAGGUUUUGUCUGUCUUGUCUUUUGUGAUUGUGAAGGUGUCAGCUGAUCUCACCUGCAAUGCUGUGCUAAUGUUGGCUUCUGGAAACCAAACAUUGUACCAUCUGGAUGCUGCUAAUCACUCUGACACUAAUAACUCGGGUGUAUUUUGCAGAACAGCUAUCGAUGGCAUCGGCACCUGCUGGCCGCGCAGCGUGGCUGGGGAAAUGGUGUCACGUUCGUGUCCAGAGUUCCUCUAUGGAGUCCGAUACAACACCACUAAUAAAAUUUUCCGGAAGUGUCUGGCCAAUGGGACCUGGGCCUCCAAAAGCAACUACUCUCAGUGCAAAGCUAUUCUCAAUGUACAGAGGAAGAGCAGGCUGCAUUAUCGAAUAGCUGUCAUCAUUAACUACCUGGGUCAUUGCUUGUCACUGUUCACUCUCUUUAUCGCCUUCAUCAUCUUCUUACGACUCAGGAGUAUUCGCUGUCUAAGGAACAUCAUCCACUGGAAUCUAAUCUCUGCCUUCAUCUUGAGAAAUGCAACGUGGUUCAUCGUUCAGCUCACCAUGAACCCUGAUGUACACGAGAGCAAUGUGCCAUGGUGCCGUUUAGUGACAACGGCAUAUAACUACUUCCACAUGGCCAGUUUUUUCUGGAUGUUCGGCGAGGGGUGUUAUCUUCACACGGCCAUCGUGCUCACCUACUCCACUGACAAGCUCAAGAAAUGGAUGUUCAUCUGCAUCGGAUGGUGUAUUCCUUUCCCUAUUAUUGUCGCCUGGGCCAUCGGAAAACUGUACUACGACAACGAGAAGUGUUGGUUUGGGAAGAGAGCGGGCAUAUACACAGACUACAUCUACCAGGGCCCCAUGAUUCUGGUGCUUAUGAUCAAUUUUGUGUUCCUCUUCAACAUAGUAAGGAUCCUCAUGACCAAACUCCGAGCCUCCACCACAUCCGAAACCAUCCAGUACAGGAAGGCGGUGAAGGCCACACUCGUGUUACUGCCACUGCUUGGGAUCACGUACAUGCUGUUCUUCGUCAACCCAGGAGAGGACGAGAUCUCGCAGAUCGUCUUCAUUUACUUCAAUUCCUUUCUUCAGUCCUUUCAGGGCUUCUUUGUGUCUGUGUUCUACUGUUUUCUGAACAGUGAGGUCCGCUCCGCAGUUCGGAAACGUUGGCACCGCUGGCAGGACCACCAUUCCAUCCGCGCACGAGUUGCAAGAGCAAUGUCCAUUCCCACCUCGCCUUCGCGCCUCAGCUUCCACAGCAUCAAACAGUCCACCUCUGUCUGAAACAGGGGUUUAUAAAAAUGAAAAAGAACCGUGAAAGAAAGAGGCAGGCACUCUAUCAGUGAAGAUUUUCACUCCCCUGACCACAUCUGGACAUACGCAGGGGCUGAAAAUAAGCGAAGAACAGAAAAGGCCCUACAUGAAAUGACAUUACGAAUGAAGGGUACAAUGGCAAGACUUCACAAAAUGGACCAUUCUGUGUUGUUGGAGCAUUUUCCAAAAACUGAGUGUGUAAUACUCAGUUAUUUAUAGUCUGACAAUAGGUGGGGAGAGCUUUUAUAAGGUACAAGCUUCUCCAUGAAAAUAAUUAUAAUAAACAAACUCAACUGGUUCAGUUUUUCCAUAACUGAGCACUGACUUCAUUCUGUUUAUUUCAGGUAAUCAGACAGAAAGCUAGUUAUACUGACUGACUAGCUUCCAAUAUCAGCUAAUUGUACAGAUGGAUUAACUUCCUGUAUUAGCUAGUUGUACAGAAGAAUUAGCUUCCAGCAUUAGCUAGAUGUACAGAACAGUUAGCUUCCAGCAUCAGCUAGAUGUACAGAACAAUUAGCUUCCAGCAUCAGCUAGUUGUACAGAAGAAUUAGCUUGUUUGGCUCGUUGGCUUUGUUUUCUCACUUUGGGGAUGUUCCCUAACUUUAGCUAGAUAGCUGUCUGUGGAUGUAGGUGUUCUUUAAUAUCCUUUAAUAUCCUUUAACAUUGGCUAGUUUUGUUCUGGAGAAGAAUUCACAGCUAGCUGGCUAGCUUUAUAUUGUUGUGGGAUG